CACGCACAGACCGGCGAAUGGCGACAGUUCGACAACUGCCAAGCGUGUGUUAAGCGGCACGCGUCAUCAGGACUGCUAGGCCGCCACAUCAAAGUCGUCGCCUCGUCGUGGCUCUACUCUUCAUCUAAACUCCAGUCCGCGAAAGCGUAAGCUCGCUUUUCCGUCCUGCGCUCACUUUUACUUUGCGUAAAAUAUCCGGCGACUGCAGCUUGUUGUAGAGGUUCGUUCAAAGCUUAUCAUCGCAGACCUUCGUCGAGACAAGAACAGUUACGAGAGAGAAACUCCAAGCACGGCAUCGAAUAUAAGCGAGCGCGCGCUCCUUGUACCUCGUAAAUGUCUGAAUCAGAUCUUCUGAGCAACGAACAAAUUGAUGGUUUGGAUGGUUUAGAGAAUGGUCAAGACAGUGAUUCAAUCAUGCAGUGUGACGGUAUAAAACGUGAUUUCAAUGAAGCUAACAUAGAUGAUCCUGAACUUGAGGCAAUCAAAGCUCGAGUUAGGGAAAUGGAGGAAGAAGCUGAAAAACUCAAGCAACUUCAAUCCGAAGUUGAUAAACAGAUGAACAUGGGCAGUCCUCCAGGAAUUGCUAGUCCUUUAAAUAUGUCAAUUGAGGAUAAAAUGGAAGUAGAUAACAGGUCUAUUUAUGUAGGAAAUGUUGAUUAUGGGGCAACUGCCGAAGAACUGGAACAGCAUUUUCAUGGAUGCGGCAGUAUUAAUAGAGUUACUAUUUUGUGUAAUAAAUUCGAUGGACAUCCAAAAGGCUUUGCAUAUAUUGAAUUCGCAGAACGUGAUUCAGUGCAAACUGCAAUGGCGAUGGAUGAUUCAAUGUUUAGAGGGCGUCAAAUUAAAGUUAUGCCAAAAAGAACCAACAGACCAGGAAUGUCUAUGACUAAUAGAGCACCCAGGGGAGCACGUGGUUUCAGAGGUACAACGCGUGGUAUUAGCCGUGGAACUGCAUACUUUGGCUAUCGACCUACUAGACGUCCUAGGCGAGGAUAUUAUAUGCCGUAUUGACCAGUCAAUUCAUUGUUCCACAUUGGAAAACGUUAAGAAAAAAAAAAUGACGAUGGGGAAAAAAAGAAAAAACUUCAUGUGAAAAGAAAAAAAAAUGGACAAUGAUGGGCACAAUUAUUCAAUAUUUGAUGAUUAAAAAUGAAAGAGAAAGAAUGAAAAAAGAUCCACAAGCAGUACACAAAAAAAAAAGAAAGAUAAAAAUACUGUAGAUUUACCUACGAACAAUAAGCAUUGUAGUUCCAAGUUUUUCUAACACCAAUAUAAAAUUAUUCACAAUCUUUAUUUUCAACAUUUUAAUGACAUUUUAUCUUUACUAUAAGACAAACAAAAAUAAAUAAAUGAAAGUUUUAUAAAAUUAAUAAAUGCUUUGAAUAAUAUUGAUUCUACUUUCUUAUUUUGAUUACAGUUAUUCCGCCAUUUCUAAAAUACUAUAAAGUUGUUUACACUUAAGUAAAACAAAGUAUUGGUCUAUAUUACACCUUCUAAUUUUCAGUUGAAUAAAAGUGCUAUUUUAAUAAGUUAUU